ACCUUAUCUGAGUCACUUGACUUCUGCCUGCCUGUGUGUGCAUUAUUAGACUUGAGUACUUGAGUCCUUCUGCGAUCUGAUUAUUCUUACAGAAUAUUCAUAAGGCACUGUCAUACAGAACAUCCACUUUUUAGAGGAAGAGAAUUGUCACUAUGUAGAGGGUAUUUAAGGUUGAGUGACUAGAUGACAUCAUUAGGGAGAGAGUGUGAAGAGAAUGCAAAAAGGAACUUGGGAGGAGGCAUUGACUAGAAUAGUAGAAGCAGCAAGAGCUGUCAGCAGAGUAUGCAGAGAAGUGGGGAGGAAACCAGCCCCUUCUAGGAGAGAGUGCGUGAUCGUUUGCCACACCUAGCUCCUCCAGAGUUACUGAUCUAUGAAAUGGCAGAGAAUGGAACAAAUUGUGACCAGAGACGUGGAGCAAUGAGUAAGGAACAGCAUAAUGGGAGUUUCACAGACCCCUCUUCAGUAAAUGAGAAGAAGAGAAGGGAUCGGGAAGAAAGACAGAAUAUCGUCCUGUGGAGACAGCCACUCAUUACCUUGCAGUAUUUCUCUCUGGAAACUCUUGUAGUUUUGAAGGAAUGGACCUCAAAAUUGUGGCAUCGUCAAAGCAUGGUGGUGUCCUUUUUCCUGCUGCUUGCUGCGCUUGUAGCUACGUAUUAUGUGGAAGGAGCGCACCAGCAGUAUGUGCAGCGGAUAGAGAAGCAGUUUCUUUUAUAUGCCUACUGGAUAGGCCUGGGGAUUCUGUCCUCUGUUGGUCUUGGAACAGGAUUGCACACCUUUCUGCUUUAUCUGGGCCCACAUAUAGCUUCAGUUACAUUAGCUGCUUAUGAAUGCAAUUCGGUUAAUUUCCCUGAGCCACCCUAUCCUGACCAGAUUAUCUGCCCAGACGAAGAAGGCACUGAAGGAGCCAUAUCUUUGUGGAGUAUCAUCUCAAAAGUUAGAAUUGAAGCCUGCAUGUGGGGCAUUGGGACAGCAAUUGGGGAGCUGCCUCCAUAUUUCAUGGCCAGGGCAGCUCGCCUCUCAGGUGCUGAACCAGAUGAUGAAGAGUAUCAGGAAUUUGAAGAAAUGCUGGAACACGCAGAGACUGCACAAGACUUUGCAUCACGAGCUAAACUGGCAGUUCAAAAACUAGUACAGAAAGUUGGAUUUUUUGGAAUUUUGGCCUGUGCUUCUAUUCCAAAUCCCCUGUUCGACCUGGCUGGAAUAACAUGUGGACACUUCCUUGUACCUUUUUGGACCUUCUUUGGUGCAACCCUGAUUGGAAAAGCAAUCAUUAAAAUGCAUAUCCAGAAAAUCUUUGUUAUAGUAACUUUCAGCAAACACAUCGUGGAGCAGAUGGUGGCUUUCAUUGGGGCUGUACCCGGCAUAGGUCCGUCUCUGCAGAAGCCUUUUCAGGAAUACCUGGAGGCCCAGCGGCAGAAGCUCCACCAUAGAAGCGAAGCAGGCACAGCGCAGGGAGAAAACUGGUUAUCCUGGACGUUUGAGAAGCUGGUCGUUGCCAUGGUGUGUUACUUUAUCCUGUCUAUCAUUAACUCCAUGGCACAAAGCUAUGCCAAACGAAUCCAGCAGCGCUUGAACUCAGAGGAGAAGACUAAAUAAGCAGAGAGUUUUUAUCUGCAGAAGUUAGCGUGGUGGAGCCUGCCUUACAUCGGGAGGGCUCUCACCAGGAAGGAAGAUCCCCAUUUCCAACCUGUACUGAUUUUUAAAACAUUUCUCCCUGAAAGCAGUUUAGUCCACAUUUUACACUGACAUACUUUUGCUUUCUUUGUUAAGGUAAGGUCUCCACCCUCGAUUCAAUCCACAUUGUAUUCCUUAGGGUGGAUAUGAUGUUCUGCUGCAAACUUAACAAAACUGGCCUUCUGACACUUUCACAGGGCCACAUGGUCCAACUGGAGAACCUCGGCCACACAGAACCUUCUGACGUAUGUUAAAUAUGCCAGGCUUUUCAGGCUUGUCACAAAUGAUUGGUUUUUCUAAGUCACCAAAUGUAUAUAAGUUAUAUAUGUUGGAUAGCAGUCUUGCAUGCCUAUCAUGGAACAAUGUAAUAUGCCUUCCUUUCCCACCCUCAAAAAGGCCAUUUUAUGAUGCAUUGCACACCCUCUGGGGAAAUUGAUCUUUAAAUUUUGAGACAGUAUAAGGAAAAUCUGGUUGGUGUCUCACAAAUGAGUACGCCAUUUUUUAUUCUGUAUAUUUAGAAUGAAGUCGUGAAAAACUUUAUAAAGACAUCUUUGAUCAUUCCAAAA